CCGUAAUAAGAGGAAUUUGGUUCUUUUCCAUUUCAUUUUUGCCAGAAAGAGGGAGAAGCAUACGGGUAUUCGAGAUCUAAAAAGCGCCCGAAUCAGUGAAAGCUGCUUCCUGUCCUUCAUCGUCAAUCAGGUACUAACUCUUCCAGCCAAACCAUCUCUCUCGCUCUCUCCAAUCUUUCGACACCGAACACGCACCUUAGCACCGCCGCCGUUUCUCUCUCUCUUUCUGAUUUACGGCCUCUGUUUUUUUUUUGUUUUUUGUUUUUUUUGGCCCCCUCCUGCUCUCUGGUACGCUAUCAAUCGCACCAGAUCUCGUAUCCCUCUCUUCGAUUUUCAAUUUGAAGGAAUUUGAUUCGAGUAAUAGUAAAAUUAAGAAAGGUUCAAACCAUGAAUUCAAAUUUCGGGAAAUCCAGCUUCGACUUCGAUCUGGGUCUCGGUUCUUCCCGACCCAAAUCCCUCAACCAGCAGAAAAACCAGAUCUCCUCCUCCUCCUCCUCCUCCUCCUCCUCGUACACCUAUACUUCCUCCCAACCCAAACCCACGUGGCAGCCUAACAAACCCUCCUGGACUCACCAGCCGGCGCCGACCCAGCCGGCGGCCAAACCAGGCUUGUCCAACGGGCCCACCACUUCCAUGGUCGGCGACAUCCUUGGGAAGAGCUGGAAUUCCUCGGUGCCUUCCGGUUCAAGCGCCGGCAUCGGGAUCGUCGACAAGAACCCAAAUCUGUUCGGGGAUUUGGUCAGCUCUGCCUUGGGCGGUCAAUGUAAGAGCAAUUCCAAUGUCCCUUUGAAGAACGCGACGCCCGUGUCAUCGGCGUCAAAUAAGAGCAGCUCGUUCUCGAUGGGAAACAUGACUGAUACUUUGCCGAAAACUGGUAAUUCGGUUAAAACUAGUGGAACCUGGGGAUCUUCUGAGAGUUUUGGAAGUUAUGCUAAUAUUGGUGGAUUUAAUUCUAGUAAUAGUGGUAUGCGCAAUAAUAAUACCAUUAAUAGUGACAAGGGUCCGAAUCUUGGAGGUCCUUCAAUGCGAAGUAUGGGCAGUAGUGUUGGAGUUGGGGUCGGGAUGAACUCUAGUAAGGACCCAUUUGUUUCUUUGGUUGAUUUUGGAUCAAAACAAUCCGGUCGUGGUGUUGAUUCGGCGACUACAAAUAGUAAGACUAAUGCUAGCAAUGAUGCCUUUGGGAAUUUCCAGAAUGCCCCGAAAUCAGGCUCAACUGCAUACCCUUUGGGUGGUUUUACGGCAAGUAAUAAUGAUUUUAUGGGAGUCAAUUCCGGUACUGGUUCAAAAAUGAGUGAUUUUGGGAUACCGGGAAUGGAUUUUGGUUCUAAGAAUCAGACUCCGAUUCAGAGCUCUGGUGAUGAUCCGCUCAACAUGUUUUUCUCCUCGUCAUCUGCGGCUUCAGCCGGAGGUGCUGUUGGAGGACAGCAAACGUCAGGAGUUGAUGACUGGGGACUGGAUAAUGAAUUUGAUGGUGGGUUUGGAGGAGAUCCUGAUGGUGGUUCCACAACUGAGCUUGAAGGGCUUCCACCACCUCCUGCUGGGGUGUCAGCUUCCAUGGCUAAAAACAAGGGGAUGGAUAGUUACAAGCAGGGACAGUAUCCCGAUGCCAUCAAGUGGCUUUCUUGGGCUGUAAUUCUUCUUGAGAAAGCAGGUGAUGAUGCUGCCGCUGUGGAGGUCUUGUCUGGCAGGGCAUCUUGUUACAAAGAAGUUGGAGAGUAUAAGAAGGCUGUUGCAGACUGUACAAAGGUACUGGAAAAUGAUGGAGCAAAUGUAUCAGUCCUUGUUCAACGUGCUCUCCUGUAUGAAAGUAUGGAGAAGUACAAACUUGGGGCAGAGGACCUUAGGUCUGUUCUGAAGAUUGAUCCUGGUAAUAGGAUUGCAAGAAGUACCGUUCACCGCUUGGCUAAGUUGGCAGACUAGAAAUUCAGAUUUUUAAUCUUUUAUAUUCAUAGACUUUUCAUAUAGAUCAAUACUUUUCCCUCUUACCAUAACCAAAAAAAAAAUCGUGGGAAAUGAACAUUUUGCUUGGAUACAUGAACAGUUAUCACAGUCUGGCUGUUGGGAUUAUUACAUGUAUGGUGUAUUCUAUUUGUGACUGGGUAUGAUUCUUUGUGUUGCAUGUAUGUGGCUUUCAAAAUUUGAAAUGAUUUGCAGGGUGUACUUUGUAUUUCAUA